CGAACGAGACUUGUGUGUGAGCGAGCUUCGACAACCCACUCCCGACAAGUUAACCAACAAACCGUCAAAAUGGUCAAGAAGAGGGCGAACAACGGUCGCAACAAGAAUGGCCGCGGCCACGUCAAGCCUGUGCGCUGCUCCAACUGCGCCCGCUGCACUCCCAAGGACAAGGCCAUCAAGCGUUUCACCAUCCGCAACAUGGUCGAGUCCGCCGCCAUCCGGGAUAUCUCCGAUGCCUCCGUCUUCGCCGAGUACUCCGUCCCCAAGAUGUACCUGAAGCUCCAGUACUGCGUUUCUUGCGCCAUCCACGGCAAGAUCGUCCGUGUUCGCUCCCGUGACGGCCGCCGCAACCGUGCUCCCCCUCCCCGUAUUCGCUACAACAAGGACGGCAAGAAGCUCCAGCCCCCCUCUGCCGCUAAGGCCCUGUAAGGAGGUUUUAGUUUCGU